AUGACGAGUGAUGGAGACGACGAGAGCUUUGCCACGGCGGUGGCUGCCCUCUAUAGUCCGCUGCAUCAAUCGGUAUCGCCGGAAAGCAUUGCGAGGGCUGCGGCCCGGCGGGUGGGCACCGUCACCGACAUGCGGGUGUACCUACAACGCGCUGAACUGCACACGAUUGCUCGUAACAGCGACUCAGUAACGAGUUCGAACGUGCCCAGGACUCAUCCUCGGAUCAUUCACGUAACGGGCACGAAAGGCAAAGGAUCCGUCUGCUGUUUAUGUGAAUGCAUCUUGCGCGAGCGUUUCGGACUCCGGACGGGUUUGUUCACGAGUCCUCAUUUGGUUGACGUUCGUGAACGAAUUCGGGUGCAAGGAAAACCAGUCUCCCCUGAUGUAUUUGCACACGCGUACUGGAGGAUCCGUUCUAGGCUCGAAGCGUUUCGAAACACGAACAUAGGAGGCGACGGCGUCGGCGAUGAUGAGGAUCUACCGACACUACCGGGCUACUUUCGCAUGCUUACUCUCAUGGCCUUGUACGUCUUUUACCAUUACGAACCACGCAUCGAUGUUAUAGUACUCGAGGUAGGUAUGGGCGGGCGAUAUGAUGCAACAAACAUCUUGGACUUGGAUCUAUACGAUGUACGUUGUGGAAUCACCCAGCUGGAUUACGAUCAUGUACGCGUUUUAGGCAACACCUUGGAAGAAAUUGCCUGGGAAAAGGGCGGGAUAUUCAAAGUUCACAAAGCUGACAAUGCAAACGUGACGCUCAAACCGCACUCGGCGGAGGCAGCGACGAAGCAAGAGAUUAUCGAUUUUUCUCUUGCAACUACUGAUCAUGCUUCCGAGGAUGACUCAGGCAACACUCGCGGGCACAUCUUCUUCGCGCUUGAUACAAAUUCGCCCUCAGCUUUGCAAGUUCUACAUGAUUGUGCCCGCAUUGAAGGUCGUGGUGUUACCUUGCAACUCGUGGGCGUAGCUGACGCAGAGUCGUCGCACCACCAAAAGCGAAGUGGGUACACAAUGCUACCCGACUCUUGCUUGAUUGGACUACCGGGUUCCCAUCAGCGACUCAACGCCCAAUUGGCCAUUACAUUGUGUGAAUCCCUGUCCUUGUCCGGGAAGGACAAAGCAAAAUCAAUCCAGGAUCGGGGUGUUGAUGUCAUGUUUGAUGCCUUAUCACGGGCUUCCUGGCCGGGUCGUUGCCAAACUGUCGAGGUUCCGGAACAAAGUAUGACGCUACGUUUGGACGGUGCGCACACGGUGCAGUCGAUAAAAGUUGGGUACAAUUGGUUCAAGUUGCAACAGAAGGAUUGCAACAACAGUAGAAAUAUUCUAAUUUUCAAUUGCAGUCACGAGCGCGACCCCGUGGAAUUGCUGGAUCUACUGGAUUGCGAGAUGUUCACAGCCGCUUUUUUUUGCCGGGCCGACUCGGAACGUCCCAGUGCCGUAGUCAAAGCAUCAGCCCAGGACUUGUUGCAGCGAUCGGGGCGGGUCGUUCGUCAAGAUCUGCUGCCAAAUACACAGGCAACUUGGCAAGAGACGCUGGAAUCGCUUUGGAACCAUCGAUGCGAACAAACACCCCACCGCAGCGAAAUCUCCAUGACCACUGCUAGCAAUCUAAGUGUCAGUCAAGCUUUGAAGCAAAUCCGGAAAUCGCAGUAUGCCGGGGAACAUAGCGAAGUGCUUGUUACAGGGUCGCUGUACCUCGUUGGUUCUGUACUCAAUGCCGUCAAAUGGAGCGAACGUGAAGCGGAUGGAAAGUUGCAGGACCUGAUAACAUGUUGCUUAUAACGACACGGGUCCAUAGUGGAGUGUACACAGGUGGUUUUGAGUUUGAGAGGCUAAAGUUUGUCGGUGUUUUAUUCCGCCGCUUUUGUAGGAUCGUCUUCUCGAAGGCACAAAAAAUGUACAUGGUCUAUGUCGGGCAAUGAUUUCAGGUGGGGAGGAUUGAUCCAAUGUAAAAAAUUCUCCACGUUGCCCAAUUGCUGCUGGAUCUGAUUGCGUGCAUCGUCUAUAUCUUCCGUUGUACAGAAUCCGCCAAUCUUCCACAGAAUCCAAUGUUCUAUAUUACCGGCUAGAUAAUACGGGAAGUCGUUCUGUACAAUACACUUUCGAGAGCCUUCGAGCUCCGAAAUUGGAGGAUAGGCGUAAUAUUUACCGUCAUCGCCUUUUCGCUGUUCCAACUCAAACUUGGAACACAAAAUGUGGUCAUAGACGGAUUUCCACUGAUGCUUUAAGUCUCUGAUAUAAACUUGGUAGUCUCUUUCCUGCUCUACGCUUCUAGAGAGACGGGCCAAGUUCUGGUCCACCUUAACAAUAUACGUAAGCUCGUUCCAUUCGAACGGUACAGUUCGAUAUCCGAAUUUUCGUACAGGCAUAUCGAUCCGUGUUUUUGUUGUGUCUUCGAUCCAUAAACCUGUUUCGUCACUGCGUUUCAAAUCUUUGGCGCAAUCUGGGGAGGUUUUCAAUGAAAGUGAUUCGGCGACAGUGAGCGACGAUCGGACGAAGCCAGUCACUCGUUUGGAUAAGUAGAAACUUAUCAUGAAAAGAGAAGCAUAUGCCGGCCGCAAGUAUCUUCAUGAUUCGUAAAACACAUUUGCUUU